UUUUAAUUGAAGUACUUAUCUCGAACAGUUUUGGAAUGAUUUCGUGAGAAAUUUCUUGCCUCAAUAAGCAAUUUAAAAACAUAAAUGUGUAAAUAAAAUCAAUCAAAUAAAUCAAUAUUUUAUGUGGGGUUAAGUCAAUCAUUAUUCAAAUUAUUUAAGAAUUUACCAGCCAAGGUAAUUUAACGAUGUAUAAAAUAUGGAUAAAAGAAGACAAGGAAGGUCAAUCUAGAUGUACGGACCAACAAAUCAGGACGCGAAGAGUUAACAUGAGGAGAACUGUAUCAAAUAUUAUCUCAAAGAUCGCGAAUCUUAUCUCGGCCAAAUAGUAUCGGAUAUUUCUAACGUUCAAAUCAAACAGUACUCGUAUAACAUUCAACAUGGUUAACUUUUUAGUGUUUGGUGCUGUAUUUACAUUGAUUCAAGCCGUUUUCCAAAUUGUUUUCGCAGCCCUAGCGUUGGCGCAAUACUAUUGCUUGAUCAACUUUAUGAAAAGCAUUCCGAUUUUGCUAUACGUGCGAAUGCUUUAUUAUCAUCAUCCAGAAAGAUGUGGAGAAAUAAUAAAUAUAGGACAGUCUGUCGAAGAAUUGAACAAUCAGGCCAUUGUUUUUAUAUCCAGAGAACCUCUGACCGUGACGAGAACAUUUUAUAUUAACAUUAUUUAUGUGACACUUGGCGUGUUGUGGGCAAUUUCUAGUGCAAUUCUUAUGUGGAGUGCCCGACAUAGGACGCCUAUACGAUGGCCCUGGACUAUGAUGACGAUCGCGGUUUGUUCCGCAGAUAUAGUGGUUUCUAUCUUAUUUACGAACGACACCUUUCACACCCGGACGCUGCGAGACAUAAUUGAUUACAUAGGUGCAACAUUAAGCGGUGCUGGAAAUACUGAAAUUAGAACAGUUUGGGCUGCAUGGCUGAUGGCUAUUCUCUUUUCAAAAUUCGUGUUUUUAAUCUUUUUUAAUAUAGGCUUAGUGAUUGCAAUAUCAUUAUGGAAACCAAAUGAAUAUAUCGAUCGCGCUAUUACUGUGGAAACUCCUUACAAAGAACUGACGCCUCGAAAUUCUAUCAUAGAAUCAGCUAUAUCUGAAGCUACGUUGAGUUCUGUCGGUGCCCCGACAAUGGAUGGUAUGGAUCUCUCACUUCCGUCCAUUCCACGACCACAACUUCGGAGACAGGCCAACAUAGAAGCGACCGAAAUUGAACAGACAGUAUCUCAAUUCCAGCCUACAGUUGAAUCUCCGCGUAAGACGCGCCGAAUCGAAGAAAAACACGUAUUAAGCUUUAAUGAGGUACCUGUUAUUAUACCAAAUGAAUUAGACACUUCUCAAGUAACAAAUGCUUUCAGUGAAGAAUUACCAAACCAGGUGAACAACCGUGAUGAAUCACUGCAAAUUCAAGGUCAGUUGCCCUGGACGUACCUUCCGUCGAAGGUUCACCCAAUGAGGAAGCAAAUAGAUGUGGACGAAGAGUUGCCUCCAGUGCCAUUGCCAGACUAUACAGCUUUACAAAUCCGAAAGGCUUCAGUUCACAGGUCGCCGUCUACAGUAAUUGGUCUAACAUCAGGGACACGGUCGAAACUACGACAAAACGCUCUAAAGCAGACCGAUGUUUACUACUAGGAAAUUAAGAUAUUUUUUAUUAUAAGCCCUUUGUUUUUUAAAAAUUCAAAUUAAACUUGUGAAUGGCGGAGGGUUCAGAGUGACACGUGAAGAUCGAACAGCGAUUGUCCUGCAUUGUGAUAUGCUUAAUGUUUUAAAGUCACAAUGUAUAGAAUAUUGAGCAUUGCGAUCGCCACCGAUGUCUGUGAUGCCUUUGUAAUCAGCGAUAAGUUUCCUCUUUUCUUUCCACUUGAAAAGAGAAAAACUUUUUCCUUACAAUUAAUUUAAUUUAAUAUUUAAUUUAAAUAGAAUUGAAGACUUCCACGAAGUACCCAUAAUGAAAGGACGUAGGAAAGUCACUACAGCCACAAACAACGAAAAAAUAAGGUGAAAACAGAAUAACACACAUAUUGAAAGUCGAAGUUAUCGGGGCAGUUAAAUUGCCAGAAAGAGAUAAAGAGUCUGGAGAAUAUAGUAUCUCAAGCGAACUCAUAAUAGGAACUUUAUACUAUGCAAAACACCAUUAGAGAAUGGAAAAACGGAUGACUUGGCAAUUUAUGGAUCUAUCUCGUAUAUAAUCGUGAAAAGUCAAUGGUAUUUGAAAGAUAUUAAAAGGAAACCUGGAUAUGAAAUAAAAUCUGAGAUGAAAAAUGAUGGACUAUGGAUGUAAGAACUAGAAUAUUUAUGAAAUGUAAGUUAAAAUUAUAAUCCAUUUAGAAAACAGUACAAAGAUUCAAAACAAUACUACCAGAUGUUUUCUGUUAGAAUAAGUAAAAUUUAUAGCAAAAACUAAAACUAAAUAAAACUUUCAAUUUU